AUGAAGCCUGUCACGCUGAAGAUCCUAUUUCAGGAAUUCAGUGCCGAGCCCGAGGCGGCAUCCAACCAAAUCACUGGUAUGCAACCCGAAAACGAUUCCUUGGAAGUCCAUCUUCCUUUAACAUCCUUUAACACCAGUGGGGAGUUUACAUUCUUCUUUUUGGCUUGGGCCUGGUUUCGCCGCUGUGCUAGAUUGGCUUGCUCAGCUCUACGUCAGGAUUCCAAGAACUACUUUUCGCAUGCUGCUGCCCGCAUUAUUGAGGCUGAUGAGGGCCAUGUCUCCUCCAAGCUAUGGGCUGCUAUCCGUCAUCGCUUGCCGGGCAAGCAGAAGAGGUCCUCCGGGUUCUCUCCCUUGGCAUGCGAACGACUGGAUGACCAAUGGCAUCCUCACUUUGAUGCCCUUGAGUUGGGUGAGGCGACUACUCCAGGCUCUUUACUUGAGGCAUGUCAUGCCCGGCAACAAAAUGCGCCGAAGCUCCUGCCUCUUCGAGAUGAAUUACCGACCAUUAUGGAUGUUGAGGCAGCCUUGCGGCGAGUCUCUCCCAACAAGAAAGGUGGUGAUGAUCAAGUUCUUGGUGGUGUUCUUCAUUGGGCUGCCCCAGCGAUUGCGCAGGAGGUUACCUGCCUGUUUGCCUACCAUCGUCUGGUGCGCUCUUUGAGUGUCGGCCUUGGAGACUCUGGGCUACGGGAUUUCGAUGCCUGCAUGAGGUCGUUAGAUCCAAGGGCUCGCUUGGAGUAUGUGCGCUCUGCUUUGGCUCCUACGUUGCUUGAGUCCAUCUUUGAGGGACAGGCCAUUUUGCUGAUGCUCCAGGAGAUCCACAUUGACACCUUCUUCCACCUGCACAAAGACUUCGCCACGGUGACCCGUACUAGCAGGGGCAGCCGUCCUGGCUCUCCUUUGGCGGAUGUCAUCUUUAGUUGUGCUAUGAUUCGCAUACAUGAGGAUCUUGAACUUGCUGUACGUUCUCACCCCAGUGUUCGACCUGCCGCUGCUGUUCUUGGUUUGGAGCCCUCCCUCACCACUUGGGCAGAUGAUGUAGCCAUUGAAUUGUGCUGCUCUACGGCGGAUGUUUUGGUCCCUCUGACUUGUGACAUUGCCAAGGUUGUGCGUCGGAUAUUUGCGGCCCGUGGGAUGCACGUCAAUCUCGGGCCCACGAAGACCUGUGCAGCCUUGACCUUUAAGGGACGUGGGGCUCCGGCCGCUCGUACCUUUCAUCUUGUGGAGGAGAAGGGAUGCUUGGUUGCUGAUGAGGAUUUUGGGAACUUCUGGCUCCCCUUUGUCGCUAGAUACAAACACCUUGGGACCGCCUUCUCCACUGAAGGCGACUUGGCCCAUGAGAUUGCUGAGCGGAUUGGUGCCGCCUCUUCGGCGCUGGUUGCUGUGCGCAAACCUUUGGUUGGCAACCGCAAGUUGAACUCCAAGACCCGCCACAGUUUGGCGGAAGCUUUGGUUUGCUCCCGGCUGCUUUUUGGUGCAGGAGUGCAGGAGCAUGGCAUGCACUUCCGAGUCGUGUCCAGAAGAGGCUCCACUCCUUUCUCACGAAGUUGUUUCGUGAAGUUUAUGAUGCGCAAUUUUGGAGAGCCACUGAUGGGAAGUUUAUUCCUUCUGACGACCAGCUUUAUGGUGACAAUGCUGUGCAGGAGCUUGAUGUGCGGUUGGCCCGGCUUCGCCUUUGUUAUGCCGGGGCUCAUCUCUGCGGCACAGGUUGAGAAACAGUGCUGCCCGGAUGCCUGGCUCCUUGCCGUUGAAGCUGAUCUUCAGUGGCUUCGAGCUGUGGUGCCAAAUGCCCCAUUCUUCGCGGAUGACUCUUGGGAAGGGCAUCUUCGAUACUGGCAGGAACAACCUGGCCCUUGGAAGCAGUUGGUGCAUCGUGCAUGUGCUCUGCAUCUUUGGCAAUCCCGCACCAACAAGGACACCCUGCGGUGGCACGGUCGCAUCAUUGACCUCUUGGAGCAGUCGGGUAUGGAGCGCUCUGUUCCGCCCUCAGCACUACCUGUUCGAGCAGUUGAGGCUUCUGGGGCUCUUUGUCAUUGUGGCAGACGCUUCGCAUCUCGGACAGCUCUUGCGGUCCAUCAGGUGCAUACCCAUGGGGAGCACGCUCCUGAGUGGCACAUGGCCCAGGACACGGUCUGCGGUGCCUGUCUUCGCAGUUUUUGGACAAAGGCUCGCCUGAAACAGCACCUUGCAUACCUACCUCGGUCUGGCGCCCCCAACGCCUGCUUUGAAGCUUUGCGGCAACGAUCUUUCCCCUCAGCAUAUGCUUUGGUGGGGGAGCCGGCCAAACUCCCGGGCUUGGCGCGCCAUGAUGCCCUUCCUGCUGCGGGACCUGUUGGUUUAGGUCUGACCCUGCACGAGGAGAAGACACAGCAAUGGCGGGACGAGCUUCUUGACUUUCGAGCCCGCCUUCGUUCCCGGGGUUUCUUCGAGGAUGGCACCCGAGUUGAUCAGGGCCUGCACCCGACGUUGGAUGAGAUCACCACCUUGUGGUACGACCAAUGGCUUCGUGAUUACCCCCAUGGCCCCAAUUUGGAAUGGCUACAGGGUGCUUGGCUGACCGCCUUGUCGGAUUCUGGCAAUGAAGAUGCGGCCUUUUUGAGUUUUGGUCGUUGGGAGUCCGCUCUUGGCAUCCUGCACUCGAGUUGGGAAGAUGGUGAAGCCAGCCACUUUGUUGAAGAUGCCUUUGUGCGCUUGUGCGCUGACGUGGAGCUUCUGCAAUGGGUGGCUCGCUGUGAUCAACUAGCCCGGCUACUUGAUCUUCCGUCCCCAGAGGACAAUUCGCUUGACAGGAUUCGUGCCGACCAAGUACGAGCUCGACGCAUUCAGCAUCGCAAUCUGGGGGAACAGCGGCAGGCUCGUGUGGGUCUGAGUCGACCAUAUGCAGCCCAGGACAACUUUGCGGUUGACUUCGAUCCGGACUUAGUGCGUGUUCCUCCAGGGGGGUCUACUACCGUCCCCUGCCUGUGUCGUGGAUUAACACGGCGCUGCUUCUUGGUGGUGCAUCUUUUCUCCGGUCACCGGCGAGUUCGGGACUUUCACUGGCACUUGCAGCGGAUGGCGGCUGAGUCGGACUUUGACAUCGCUAUCCUGUCCUUUGACACGGCGGUUGACUCGACGCUUGGUGAUCUGAGGAGCUGCUCAACGUCCUGGAAGCACUUGGAGACUCUCUACCACAAGGGUCUGGUGGCUGCCACGCUUGCUGGGUCUCCUUGUGAGACCUUUAGCGAGGCUCGAUGGACUCCCUUGGUGGAUGCGCUUGGAGUUGAGCUUCGUGGCCCACGCCCACUUCGAACCACUGCGAGGCCUUGGGGGCUUGAUGGGUUGACGCUCCGUGAAAUGCGUCAGCUUGCACAGGGCAGCGCCUUUGCUUUGCAGGUUCUUUGGUGCGCUUGUGCCACUUUGCUUUGGGGAGGCUUUUUCAUUUCUGAGCACCCGGCAGCUCCUCGUGAUGAAGGCAGGGCCACUAUGUGGCGGAUGCCCAUUAUGCAGACCUUGCUGCAGGCUGUUCAGGCCCAAUUGGUGACCAUUGCUCAAUGGCGGUGGGGAUCUCGGACACCAAAACCUACCACGCUCCUUGCUAUCCGAUUGCCGUUUUUGAGGGCAUCGAUGGACAAGUGGCAGAUUGGUGGCUUGAAGAAGCCUGAGGCUUGCGCCAUGGGCCUUCACGACGGUGUCUUCCGCACGGAGGAGAUGAAGACCUACAGUGAGGCCCUUUCUGCCGCCUUUGCCCAAGGCAUUUUUGAUGGCCUGCGGAAAGCCUUUUUGCAUGGUCAUUUGCGGACUGGCUCCCUUCCUAAGGAGGUUGAGCCGUUUGUCACGACGCUCCGGCAUCUGAGUGGGCUUAUUGAUCCACAAGGCCAUCGCUUGUCGGACUUUCAAGAUCGCGUUCGGCCCCUGGCCUUGGAUGUCGCUGGAGGCCUCGACCAUCAUCGCCACGGCCUGCAUUUCACCGGCGUUGAUUUUCAUCAAUACGGUGGCCCAGACGACAUCGGCGAAGCGUCGCGAGCGUUGCCGGAUGCGGAGGAUGCGGAGAAACACACCCCAUGUGGCUUGAAAAAGGUGUGGCCCUUAGUGUUGUGCAUUGAGCAUGAGUUGGCGGCCACCCUGCGCUCAGCCUGGUGUGAUCCUGAUCACAUGGCGUACAGUGCAGCGCUCUACCAGUGGUCGAAGAUGACUCGCUUGGUCUACUUUGCAGGGCUUACAGCUGCCUUGGGCGUUUUGUUGGCUUUGCUGGCGCGCUUGGGCUGCUGUCGGCCCAACCGAGCCUUGACGGAUGGGCCGGUGUUGAUCAGAGGCGCGAUUUGUUAUUCGAUCUAUGUCACUGUGCCCUGGAUCCUCCUCCAAAUGCAGCCGCCCGGCGUGCCAUUGGCAGACGUGACCAUCACAAAAGGGACCAUAAAGAACUCGAAUUACAGGAAUGCCAGCUGGGUGGCUGAACACCACAUCGCCCACCCCAGCGGGGCGGACCCGGGUGGGAACACUGCAUACACCACGCCCAUGUGGAUUGGGCUCUUGUGGGGUUUGUCGCUCCUCCGGUGGUACCUCACCUUAGCGGGCCCCAUUUGGGCAGCGUUCCUGGUGGCUCUGGUCGCCCAAUGGCAGAUCUUUGGGCCCUUGACGGGACAAAGCUUGUUCCCCAACCUCUUGCGCCUUGGCAUGCGGUGGAUCUGGGCGAAGCUGGGGAGUGAGGUUUUGCCACAGCGGAUCCCCAAGUUUGCAAGGUAUUACUCCCACAGCAGCAGCUCCUGGAUUUUCCACGUUUGCAUCAUUGCAGCUGCGGCUUGGCACGAGCAAUCAGCGGAUCAGAGAAGAAUGGUUAUUACAUUGCCGAUCUACGACCUGUUGAUCAAAUUGAUCCACUCCUACUACCGGCGCUCAUUGCAGUUGGCCUACUUUUGCGAUGGCGAAGACAUCGAGUUCCCAGCUGCAGCAGAUAGCCCCUACUGCCCAAACCUGCUGCUGGGGGCGUGCAUUAAUGAUUUUCGCAGACCAGAAGACAAAGAGCUUCUCUCUGAUUUCACCUUGACGCCUCUUUUCAUGGGCUGCCCCCGGACCGGCUUCUUCCGCACCGACCGCCGCAUGCGGCUGGGCUACGCCAUCUCGGUGUCCGGCGCCGCGCCCGACACGCUGAUGUUGACCAAGUUCGAUGUGCUCCCAAUUCGAUUCCUUUUGUCCGUCUUCUCAUUACGCCUCGGCGACUUCGUACGCCUGGCACCCGACGGUAAGAUUGCGGCGCAGAUCGGCACCACCUUUCGGCGCUUGGAAGAGCGGGCGGCGCCAGCGGCGGCCGGGAACGAGGUGCGGAACGGCAGAACGGCAGCAUACGUGACAGGUGGGAUGAUGAGUCAGAUGAAUGAGCAGCUACUUAUGUGUCUGACGUUUAUUUGCAAUCACUAUAUAUGCAUUUGCGAUCAUUUGUUGUUGGUGUUGGUUCUUCUGUAG